AAAAAACGUCACUGAACUAAAAAAGUAGUAACCAUCAAGAUACGAACCUCAAAUCUUAAAACUAUGAAAUAAAAUAAUAAAUUUAUGAAGUAUCGUAUUGAAUAGUACCAAUUGAAUUAAUUUUAUGACAUGGAAGCCUCAUAUUGCUUAUGUGGCCAGCCCUACGAUCCUAAUACAUUUAUGAUACAAUGUGAUGCUUGUAAAGACUGGCUUCAUAGCAGUUGCUGUAACUUUCAAGAACAUUUGGCUAUAGAAAUAGAUACAUUCCAUUGCCCCAGAUGUGUACCUUUAUAUGGACCUUGUAUAUUCAAACCAUAUAAAAAUUGGCAUCGUCACGACUAUUGGGAUGAAAAUGCUGAUAAUAAAUCAGUGCAAUCAGGCACUGCGGUUUUUAUAAGAGAACUACGUGCUAGACAUUUCUGUAGCGAAGGAGAUGUAGUGCUCCAUAUGAGAGGUCAGCAAUUGACAGAAAAUUUCCUGCAACAAAAUGGUUUCACUAGUCCGAUUGUUAUCGAUGGCAAAGAUGGGCUUGACAUGACAAUACCUCCCGAUAAUUUCAGCUUGUAUGAUGUUGAAGCUUAUGUUGGAGGUGACGUUGUCAUUGAUGUUAUAGAUGUGACUCGUCAGACAGAUAUUAAAAUGAAAUUAAGAGAUUUUGUUGAAUACUAUAAUAGUUUGAAUAGAAGUAAAAUUUUCAAUGUUGUCAGUCUUGAGUUUUCCAACACAAGCUUAGCGCCUUUAGUGGAAGCACCAUUUAUUGCUAGAAAACUCGAUUGGGCAAAUUCCGUAUGGCCCAGGGAUUUCCCAAUAAUGAAACCCCAAGUGCAGAAAUAUUGCCUUAUGAGCGUUAAAGAUUCAUACACGGAUUUCCACAUUGAUUUUGGAGGCACAAGUGUCUGGUAUCAUGUUUUGAGAGGAGAAAAAAUCUUUUAUUUAAUAAAACCCACCCCUGCAAAUCUAACCUUGUACCAACAAUGGAUGACGUCACCAAAUCAGAGUGAAACAUUUUUUGGAGAUCAGGUCGAUCAAUGUUUCAAAUGUACUCUUCGUCAAGGGCAAACAAUGUUAAUACCAACAGGAUGGAUUCAUGGAGUUCUAACGCCAAUCGAUUCUUUAGUAUUUGGUGGUAACUUCUUGCACAGUCUCAAUAUCCCUAUGCAGCUAAUGGUUUACGAUAUCGAAAAAAAAAUCAAAACUAGUUCCAAAUUCAAAUAUCCAUAUUUUGAAAUGAUCAAUUGGUUUGCUGCAGUCAGCCUUUAUCAGCAAAUUCGUGAAUUGAACGCAGAAGAGAGGAGAUGCCCGAGCAACUUGCUUACGGGGCUCAAAUCUUUGUUGACAAACUUGAAACAGUGGAAUACAGAAAAAGAUUACAACACUGCAGUCAGAGAUCAGAUACCUUAUAAUAUAGACUCCUCUAAACUUCUGAAGGAUAUAUCGAAAGAAAUAAGACAUGCAGAACGAUUCAUAAAUCAGUUAAAUCCUCCUAAACCAGAAAGGGAAUCUAAAAGAAAAAGAAAGAGACCAGUUAAUAAAGAUUUUGACUAUUCCUUGUCGCCAAAGUAUGAGUUCCUCCCCCCACCACCUCCAACCAAAACUGAAUAUGCUCAGAAUUCUCCGCUAAAGCUCAGUUUACCUAAAGCAAUCGUUUUUCCAUACGAGAUGGAUCAUUUACCUCAACCACUUCAACUAACUAGUUCUGCAUGGGAUCCUCAAAAUUUUUCUAGACCUGAGGAAACGACUGCCAUCCACAGGGGGGGAACUGUGCUGAAGAUAAAAUUAGGGUCCAAAGAUUUGAUCCAGCCUUCUGAUGAAUUGCCUUUUAAUUUGAACGAUCCAACGAAAUCGGUCUACGAUUUUCAUGACGAAAGUGAUAGGGAUGAAGAAUUUGGUUUUACUAUCGACGAGAGUCCUAAAAGAGCUAGGAAACAAAACGUAAAUCAAAGACCGAAACCAGCUAAAAAAAAGAAUAUAAUAAAUCUUGAGGAAAACCCAGAUUUGCCACAAAAUGGAAUAGAAUCACUUUUGAAAGCUUCUGCUCUGACAACUGGUGAACAAUCUGGUCGAGCUUCGCCCUCCACGCAGGAAGCAAUAGCAGGGAUGCUUUCCAUCAGUCAAACAUUUGUUCAACCUAAAAACAGGUCCCGAAGGUCAACCCAAAGCCCUUCUGAAGAUAGCAUCAAUAAUGUUCAUCAGGAUGAAGACUACAUUUAUCCUUCUUUGGAUAAUUCAGAUGAUGAAGAUAUCCAUAUAUUCAAACCAAGGGGUCGGUCGAAAGUAGAUGAAGCAUGGAAUCCUAAAGCAAGGGUUGGCCCAUUACUGCCCAAAACAAAUCGGCCUGCAAGAGAAGGUACGAAAAGACAAGCUGUCGAGAAAGUUUUAGAGGCUGCAGCUGCACGUAGGGCCCUAGACAGCCCUGAGAAGUCCCCAAAACGGCAGUAUCGCAAGAAGAAACCAAAAUUGAAAUUGGACGCUAAAUCGAGUUCAUCAUCGUCAAGCUCAAAUCCUGUUCCGAGUACCUCUGGAUCGACAUCUUCGAAACCAAGGAAAGGGAUGAAAACUGUUAAACAGCGUCUCGGAAAAAUAUUGAAAAUUCACAAAAUGAUACAUUAAUAAUGAAUGCAUCGAUAUUAAUAAUAGAACUUUUGGUAUUUUGUAUCAAUCGAAAAGUUGAAUUGUCGAAUGGUAAUUAUCCGAUAUUUUAUAUGGUUGUAUUUUGAAGAAAAUUAUUAAGGGAAAAUGAAAUUUUGAAAUUGAAAUUUUCAAAUUAAUAAAUAACAAUUUAUAAUAACUGUGAUGACGAACAAUUGUAUAUAUUAUUCGGAAUGUAACAUUUGAGUUAUCCCAGAUGUUUGUUCCAAGGAAUGUGCAAUUUUCUAUUUUAUAUAUAUAUUCGGACAAAAUUUACUAUUCUGAAUUAAUUUCUGCCUGAUUUUUCUAUAAUUUAGAAAAUCAUUUUUAUUUAAGCGAGCAAAUGGGUUAAUUGCAAAUUGCAGAUUUCACACUUAGAGUAAUGAAGACAAUUCUCGUAGACUCGUCAAUAAAAGUCCCAUUUAGGAAGAAUGUGUAUACAAGGUGACAACUUCAAUUUCAAGAAACCAUUUCUUGGCAUAUUUCAUGAAGAAAUUGUUCAUUUGUGUAAAAGGUUAGGAAAAAAAAACAAAUUUUUGAUCGUCCCUGUGUUACCUGAAAUUGAGAUUUUGAUUUUUUCCCAGUUUAUAUUAUCACAAAUAUGAUUUAAAAUUCAUUUUCAUGCUAGCGAAUUUUGUUAAUACCCAGUUUUAAUGGUGAAAAUUGCACAUUUGAAUUGCCCAUGUUUUUAGAAUCAAUAAAAAACAUUCGAUUUAAUUUAUUCAAAAACGAUCUGUUCAUACAAAACUGUGAUUUGGUCGAGAAUUGGAUAUUUCUUUCGUAAUUUUUCAUCGGAUAAGUAAUUUUUAUAGAUUGGUAAUUUUGCGGGAGUUUCUGAUACAGCUAUGAUAUUUUUAUGUAAUUUUGUAAUUUAUAUUUGUUGCGACAUAUCAAACACUAAAGAAUAGAAUACAUUGAAUUUCCUUAUGAGUACAAUUUGUGUUUACCUGGUAUGUAAAUUCACACUAGUCUCUUACGUCGCUCUCCAGUUAAUUUUAGGUUUGAUAUAGUUGGUUGUUAUUUAACAUUUGUUGAUUUUUCAAUUGAUAGUAGUUAUAAUUAUUCAGUAUUAUUAGUUUGAAACACUAAGGACCGCCAUAGAUCAAAUAAUUCAUGAUCGUUAUUGUUAUUUCCUUACAGAGAAAAAUUUAGGGGGCAAUUAGAAUUGGAAAAUUUUCAGGUGAUAACAUUCACUCCAAUAAUUCGAUAGUGAACAGUGUUCAAAAUUUUUAUGCAAUUUUUUGAAGAUUUUGCAAAAAUUCUUUUCAUCUUUUCAAUUGUGUUGAAUCGCUAUCGACACAUAAGAACUUACAAAUGGAAUACAUAAUCUUCAAUUGUAGAAAAUGUUAUUCAAUUUGACAUAGUGAAAUAUCCCCUGAAACUUUCUUCACUAAUUUGCCCACCUGGGUAUUUAUAAGUACAUAUAUUUGUCUCGAAUUAUUGGUAAUAGAUUUAUCUGAAUUAUUAACACAUUGAAAUAUGACUGAUUUUCCCCCACUAAAUCGCAUAUAGUUUGUUAAUUCAAGGCAUUGAUGGUUAAUCUAAGUUUUGGUUAGUUAUGAUUAAUUUUUGAAAAAAACGAUUAAUUUCUGUGAUGUUGCAAAUUUUUAUUAUUAAGAUUGGUGUGAAUUGUGUCUUGAAAAAUUAGGUUUUUUUAUGCUUGAAAUAAUAACAAUUGAAUUGGCUUUCUUUUAAUUUGUUCACUUUGGAUAUUAAAAAAAAAUUAUUUUUAUAUUGAUUGUAACUUAUUGUAAAAAAUAAACUCUUUGCCUUU